GGGCACCCGGGAGGAGAUGCCGGGCCAGGGUCCGGUGUCCGACUGGACAGAAUGCAGCUCUUCUGCAGAGCCUCCCGCAGUGGCCAGAACCGAGGGUGGCGGCGGCGGAUCACCUGGACUUUCUUAUUAUCAGAAUUCCAAAGGUAUUGACAGAAUCAAAGAUGGACCCAACACACACAUAGCCAAGCUGCAAGAGUUAUGGAAAACUCCUCAAAUUCAAGCAAUUAACAUCCCUAAAUCAAUGACAGAUGCGUCUUUUCUAAAGCAGCCAGACCUCACCUUAGGCCAGAAGCGUUAUCUGUGCAGCAUUGCUAAGAUCUAUAAUGCAAACUACCUGCGGAUAUUAAUGAAGAAGCAGUAUAUGCAUGUGAUCCAGCGCAACUCACAAAAGCCAGGUAUCUUCACUCAUCACAGAAGCCGCCUCAGUUCUCGUCACUCACAAAAGCAGCAUUACCCCUGCACCACAUGGCGACACCAGUUGGAGAGAGUGGACUUGGGGCCUUCUAACAUCGCAGCUGCACCUGCACCUGCACCUGAAAUGAUCCUGCAACAUUCACUCUGGCGACCAGUGAGAAACAAAGAAGGUUUAAAAACUGGAUAUGCAUCCAAAACAAGAUGUAAGUCACUGAAGAUUUUUAGAAAACCAGGCAGACUGUUCAUGCAAUCAGUUUCUACAAAUGAUUCUGAAUCAUACAUGAAUGAAGAAAAAAAGGAAGAAGAUUUACUAAAUAAGUAUAUGCAAUCAAUGUCAAUUGAAGAACAAGAACAUGUGAUGUUAACUUGACAAUCUUGUCUUGUGAGUCAAUGAGGUGCCAAAGGUGGGGGGUUGGGGUUGUGAAUUGUGUCCUCUCUCUACAUUUAGGAUAGUAUUGUUAUUCACCAGUAAGUCAUUAAGUAAUUUUCAUUUGUUCAGAAACUUUUACAACAGUGUAAUUGGUUUGAUGUAGUUCCAUGUGCUAAUUGAUACUUGUGUAAUAAAAUUUAUGUGUAAUAUUUGCUUGUAUUUCUAGCUAGAAACAAUUAAAAAUUUUCUUGUGGCUUAAAA